AUGAUAACGUUGAUGAUUAAUUACGCUGAACGAUUCAAACUCAAAGACUCAAAGAAAGAUUUAGCCGGCGAUGAAGCCUUAGACGAAGUAAAUAAACACAUCAAAGAAGCUUUCGACAUUCUGAAGCGUGAGACGAACAAGCUUCGCAAGGAAAGAAAUGCGUUUGAAGAGGUGGCAAAGAAGCUCGAACAUGUUCAUUUCUCGACCAUGCUGAAACUUAACGUCGGUGGCCAUUUUUUCUCCACAAGGUUGGCGACUAUGACUAAAGAUCCAGGUUCCAUGUUACAUACCAUGUUUUCAGGCAGAUUUGACACAAAACCUGGCGAGGAUGGAUCUUACUUCAUCGACCCAGACGGAACACACUUCCGACAUAUCUUAAAUUAUCUUCGCACUGGGAAACUCGUCUUACCGGACGAUAAAGUCGUUCGCAAGGAGUUGUUAAGCGAGGCGGAAUUCUAUCGAAUCGAUGGGAUACUCAAUGAGUUGAAAGCAAAGCCGUUUAAAUGUAGUUUCGUAAGCGCGAUGCUAAUCGAAUAUCGUCCUCUUCUUACUCUAUGCCAAAAAUCGCUCGUAAUCUUUUUCUAUAUUCUUGGAGCAUAG